CGCGACCCUUUCACCUGUUCCAUAUUUUGAUUUGUGCCUGGUCACUCAUCAAACAGACUAACUUACACCUUUGCUGUGUCUACGUCAAUCGCCUUCACCGGCAACAUCCAUAGAAUCCCCCCGUUCUCUAUCCGACGAUUUCGAUCCAGGGCAUGGUCGUGACACUGACGUCCUCGGUUCGUCUGCCGCCGCUGUUCGUCGCCGUCCUUCUGGACACUUCGACGUAAUUGAAGACGACUAUACAGCCAACGUCGACGACGCUCAAGCUUACGCGACAAGCAAGCUUGGGCGCUUCUUUCGGCGGCUUUCCAGCCUCAUGUCCCAGACGCCCUUACUGCUCCGUUCCUCUCCGGCUCAAGGAACGGGUUCGUACGGUGCGCUGCCCAUCCAUGAGGAUCCUCUCGAUGCGGGGCAAUCGAAUCAUGACGAUGGACGCCCUUCCAGGGGUAGACGAGGGAAAGACCAGAGCGAUAUCUCGAGACGUGGAAGCGAACCUGUAAGCCAAGCAUCGUCGAGAUUACAACGGAUCGAUUCAAGAUCCUGGACCGGGUCCACUGGUCGAGCUUCAGGGCAGUCAUCUUCCCGCCAACGACGUCAACAACGGAAACGGCGAGCGUCCAUCUCGAGGGCUGAGCUUCAGGCCUUGGCCGAUACGCACAGUGAUGCAUUGGAAGGAAUUCAUGAGUCCGGCUUGGAGUCGAGAUUCGCCGCCGGUGCAGGUGUGCCAAGCGUUGAGGCAUUCGACACUUCAUUCGAUGAUCGCCCUUCAUCGUCGACCGGUGACGUGACAAGCUCCGAAACGAGCGAUGAAGAAGUGAUUGAUAUGGAGGAUGACGGCUCCGAACAGGAUGAUGCUGAGAACCCUCCUGACAAUUCUCCGUACCCGCAGGUUCGGGCUUCGGUUUCCGCAGUAGAUAAUAUUACACUUUCUAUUAGCACCCCUCGCAUGUGGAUUCUUUCUAUGAUGUUUGCAUUGCUCGGCUCUUCAACAAAUCUUUUCUUCUCAUUGCGAUACCCCAGCGUUAGCAUUACUCCUGUUAUUGCUCUUUUGCUUGUCCAUCCUCUUGGCCUUCUUUGGGAUCAGCUUCUCAAGCGAUCAGACGAUCCCGAAGAAUAUUUCGUCGAUGGCGUCUUGCAAGGACGAAGCCCAUCCGCUCAUUCGGAGUGGGUCCCGCAUGAUCUGCGUCAACCCUCAGACACGGCUGCUCCUCUAUCCAGAGUGCCUACUGGUGAAGCAAGUCCAGGACCUGCACACGAAACUAGCAGACCGGUGACGAGUAGUCGAAGGAGUUGGAAACGAUCGCUGAGACUGUGGCUCGCUCAGGGGCGAUGGAACGAAAAGGAACACAGUUGUGUUUACAUUAGCAGCAACGUUUCUUUUGGUUUUGCCUUUGCAACUGACGUCAUUGUCGAGCAAACAAAAUUCUACAAUCAAGAUCUUGGCAUCGUCUAUCAGUUACUUCUGACGCUGUCGACACAGAUUCUAGGUUACACAUUCGCUGGACUUACCCGGCAUUACCUCGUUCGUCCUGGUGGUAUGAUCUGGCCGGGCACCCUUAUGUCCACUUCCAUGUUUAGAACAUUGCAUAAAGAGGAGAAUCGGAUAGCGAAUGGCUGGCGUAUAUCACGUUGGAAGUUCUUCAUGAUCAUCUGGGGUGCUAGUUUCGCCUUUUACUUUUUACCCGGUUUGUUGAUGCCGGCGCUGAGUUAUUUCAACGUUAUCACGUGGUUUGCUCCGAAAAGUCCUGUCAUUGCCAAUCUUUUUGGCGUGGCAUCUGGUUUAGGCCUGUUUCCUAUCACGUUUGAUUGGUCGCAGAUUGCAUAUAUUGGCUCCCCGUUGCUUACGCCUUUCUGGGCUGCCCUCAACGUUGUUGGGGGUCUGGUAAUUGUCAUGUAUAUCAUGGCUCCUAUUUUUUACUAUACCAAUGUCAUGUUCUCGUCAUAUAUGCCCAUCCUGUCGUCGGUUGUGUUCGACAACACUGGAAAACCAUACGACGUCAGCAGAAUCUUAACCAAGGAUUUUGUGUUUGACAACGAGGCAUAUCACCGGUACAGCCGGGUUUUCCUUCCCAUCACCUAUGUCCUUAGUUACGCACUCCAGUUUGCAGCUCUGACAGCUCUCAUCACCCAUACCAUCUGCUGGCACAGUAAGGAUAUUUGGCGACAAUGGAAACGGUCGCUGCAAGAGAACAGGGUAGAUAAUAAGGCCGAAUAUCAGCCCGUGGAUCCCACCGCGCGUCCCGAUCCUGACAAAAAUCAGCUCCGGCGGUCACUGAGCAGUGGAAACGCGUCUGACCCAGGCCUCGAUACAUUGAUGAGUGGCGAGGAUGUACACUGCCGGCUCAUGCGACGAUACAAAGAUGCGCCAAUUAGUUGGUACUUGAUUACGUUUGUGACGAUGACAGCGAUUGGGAUAUUUGUCGUCGAAUAUUACCCCAUUCAUCUGCCCUGGUAUGGCUUGUUGAUGGCCCUGGGUAUCGGCGCAAUCUUUUUCAUUCCUAUUGGAAUCGUCAUGGCCAUUACAAAUCAACAAAGCAGUCUUUACCUUAUCUGCCAACUCAUUUGUGGCGUUGUUUUCCCUGGCCGACCUGUGGCAAAUAUGGUAUUUGUCACUUAUGGUUACAUCACCUCAAUGCAGGGUCUCAAAUUCUCCUCUGACUUGAAGCUGGGCCACUAUAUGAAAAUACCGCCGAGGAUUUUGUUCUGGGUUCAGAUGGCUGCGACUAUCGUCUCGAGCCUGACGCAGAUCGGCGUUCUGAACUGGGCCUUCCGCAAUAUUCCACACAUUUGCACACCUGAAGCCAUCAACGGGUUCACCUGUCCUAUUGCACGUGUACACUUCAAUGGUAGCAUUUUAUGGGGCGUCGUAGGUCCACGACGCUUCUUUGGUCCUGGAGGAAUGUACCGGCCCCUAGUCUGGGCAUUCUUGUUCGGGGCUAUCGCGCCACUUGGCGUUUGGCUUCUUGGCAGGAAAAACCGGCGGAGCUUGUGGAGAAGAGUGAAUUUGCCAGUGCUGUUUGGCAGUUUGAGCUGGAUUCCGCCAGCGACUGGACUCAACUUUUCUGUGUGGACGCUCACGUGCUACAUCUUCAACCAUCUCAUUCGUCGGCGCGCCCCGGCGUGGUGGAGCAAAUACACCAUGACUCUGUCUGCCGCAUUGGACUCUGGCCUCGCAUUUGGCGUUGUUGUAGUCUUCUUUGGCUUUGCUUAUACCGGAAUCAUGGAAGGUUUCAAAUGGUGGGGAACAGAGAUUUACAAACAGGGAUGCGAUUGGCAGGCCUGUGCGUACCGGACUGUCCCGCCAGGCGAGCACUUUGGCCCAGAUACGUGGUGAUGCAUUAAACCUUCUUGUUCAUAUACUCUUAUUCUUAUUCUUAUUCUUAAUGCCCGCUACGAACUUGACGUAUAGAUUUCAUGUUGCAGCAUCGCUAGCGCGCUUCCUAUUCUUAUCAUCUUUCAAAUAUUUGCAUGCAUAUAGCUUGGCAAUUUGUACCAAUAAAUGUCAUUGACAUCUCGCCUUUGGCAGCAUAUCUUUUCAAGUAAUUUGGGCUUGGCAUUGAGAUUCCAUGGCUUCUUCUUGUAUUUAAAUCAGUGCCUACAAUUGACGAAAAAUAAAUGCCUGUAUUUAACGACAGC